UGUCCUGGUUUAUGCAGAGUGCAACAGAGGCCGAAAGAUUGGAACAACUUGUGAAUACCAGUCACUUUAGCGUCUAGAGUAGCAAACAGAAUGCUUGGUUUCGCUGAAGUUCAAGAUUGUGAAGUUAUCUCAUAAACGGUGCGUUCAGAAAGAGGGUGCAGUUCCACAAAGUUUACAAUAGAAAGGAAACUUCAACUCAACGCUGGACUGAAGUGGCAGCUUUUAGACUACUCAACAUAAGCCUUCGAUAUGGAUUAUAUUUAUUUAUUAAUGUACUGUUCAAUCAGUUUGAUAUUUUUGGAUCACAAGCACGCUGCAAAGUCACAUGAAAAACUCUCUGGAAAAUUAAGUGAAUACGGUCUUAUCGUGCCAUUCAGCACAGACUCCCAUGGCCGGUAUAUUUCUCACGUGGUGUCAGCUGGAACUGGAAGUAAAGGUGCAUCACCCGCCGCGGGAAAAAGACGGGUGGCACGUAGUGCCGCCGAUACGCCCUCUAUCACCACAGCUGGCCAGCACUUGUUUUUUAAUGUCACUGUUUUCGGAAAAGAACUGCACCUACGUCUGAAGGCCAAUAGACGGCUCGUUGCUCCAGGUGCUUUUGUGGAGUGGCAAGAGGACUUCGAGGAAAAGGCCAAGGAACGUAUUCAUGGAGACUGCGUUUUUACUGGAGAUGUGUCGGAUAUGCCAGACGCCUCAGUGGCCAUCAGUAACUGCGAUGGACUGGCAGGCCUUAUUCGUACGGAUAACGGGGAGUUUUUUAUUGAGCCCCUCGAGAAGGGCCAACAGGACGUGGAAGUGAAGGGGCGUGUCCACGUGGUCUACCGCAGAUCAGCCAUCAAAAGGGAAUCAGGCCAAAGAAGGGAGGACCUCCACAACGAAGUGACAGACUUUGGAAUUGCAGACCUUCCCAGUGCUCUGGAUCUAGUGGAACACAAGCUCUCUGAGUCGGAGCGCAAACGUAGGCACGCCAAAAAGGAUGACUACAACAUCGAGGUGCUGCUGGCCGUGGACGACUCUGUGGUGCGCUUCCAUGGGAAGGAGCACGUGCAGAACUAUGUCCUUACUCUAAUGAAUAUAGUGGAUGAGAUCUACCAUGAUGAGUCCUUGGGAACCAACAUCAACAUCGUCCUCGUCAGAAUGAUCAUGGUCGGGUAUAGGCAGUCAAUCAGUUUAAUUGAGCGUGGUAAUCCUUCACGCAGCCUGGAACAGGUGUGCCGCUGGUCCAACACUCAGCAACGCCGCGACCCUGAUCACGCUGAGUACCACGACCAUUCCAUCUUCCUCACAAGGCAAGAUUUUGGCCCCGCAGGUAUGCAAGGUUAUGCCCCAGUGACAGGGAUGUGUCAUCCCCUUCGGAGCUGCACUUUGAACCACGAGGAUGGCUUCUCCUCCGCUUUUGUGGUGGCUCAUGAGACCGGCCAUGUGUUAGGCAUGGAACAUGACGGCCAGGGAAAUCGAUGCGCUGACGAGACCAGCAUGGGGAGCAUAAUGGCUCCCCUGGUGCAGGCAGCCUUCCACCGCUACCACUGGUCACGCUGCAGCAAACAGGAACUGAAUCGAUACAUCCACUCCUAUGACUGCCUCCUGGACGACCCUUUUGAACACAAGUGGCCCAAGCUUCCGGAGCUCCCAGGCAUCAAUUACUCUAUGGACGAGCAGUGCCGCUUUGAUUUUGGCGUGGGAUACAAGAUGUGCACCGCCUUUCGAACUUACGAUCCUUGCAAGCAGCUGUGGUGUAGCCACCCUGACAACCAAUAUUUCUGCAAAACCAAAAAGGGUCCGCCAGUGGAUGGUACAGAGUGUGCCCCAGGGAAGUGGUGCUUCAAGGGUCAUUGUAUCUGGAGAUCAACUCAUCAGCCCCAGGGCCACGAUGGGAGCUGGAGCUCCUGGUCCAAGUAUGGCUCUUGUUCCCGGACCUGUGGUGGCGGCGUGCGCUCCCGCAACAGACAGUGCAACAACCCAGCCCCUGCCUACGGGGGUCGCGAAUGCCCCGGGUCCACGUUUGACUACCAGAUGUGCAACACGGAAGAGUGCGCGGGACCCUACGAAGACUUCCGUGCCCAGCAGUGCAUCCAGAGGAGCAACAAAUAUCACAAGAACAUCAAACACACCUGGCUGCCUUAUGAGAACCCAGAUGAGGCCCACAAAUGCGAGCUGAGCUGCCAGUCAAAAGAGACAGGCGAGGUGGUGUUCAUGAACCAGGUGAUGCAUGAUGGGACGCGCUGCAGCUACACAGACCCCUUCAGUGUGUGCGCCAGAGGGGAAUGUUUGCACGUGGGCUGUGACAAAGAGGUGGGCUCCUACAAACAGGAUGACAAGUGCGGCAUCUGUGGAGGGGACAACUCCCACUGCCGCACCGUCAAGCUGACGCUCACCAAGACGCCCAAAAAGACAGGCAUGUUGAAAAUGUUUGACAUCCCUGUGGGUGCACGCCAUAUUGUCAUUGAGGAGAACGAGACUUCGCCACAUAUAAUUGCUGUUAAAAAUCAAGUCACUGGCAAUUUCAUCUUAAACGCCAAAAGUGAAGAUGCCAAAUCCAAAACAUUCAUAGAGAAUGGUCUGGAGUGGGAGUAUUCGUUCGGAGGCGAGAAGGAGACCCUGAAAACGACUGGACCCCUUCAUGAGGGCAUUGUUGUGCUGGUCAUCCCCCAGGAAGAGGAGGCCAAGAUUAGCCUGACGUACAAGUAUAUCAUCCAUGAGGACCUGCUGCCUGUCAUCACCAAUAACAACGUGCUCCUGGCCGAGCUGGACACUUAUGAAUGGGCUCUGAAGAGCUGGUCCCAGUGCUCCAAACCUUGCGGAGGAGGUAUACAGUACACCAAAUACGGAUGCAGGCGGAAGAGUGACAGUCGACUGGUGCACCGCAGCUUCUGCGAAACCAGCAAGAAACCCAAACCGAUCAGGAAACGAUGCAACGUGAUGGAGUGCAACCAGCCACUGUGGGUGGUGGAGGACUGGAGCCCCUGUAGUAAAACCUGUGGGAAGCUGGGCUACCAGUCUCGGGGGGUGCAGUGCAUGCAGGCUCUGAACAAUGGCACCAACCGACCCGUUCACACCAAGUACUGCAUGGAGGAAAGGCCUGAGAUGAGGAGGGCCUGCAACCGCUCAGCCUGCCCAGCACAGUGGAGGACAGGGGCCUGGUCACAGUGCUCAAUGAGCUGUGGAGAAGGGAUUCAGCAGAGGCAGGUGGUGUGCAGGGCGACAGACAACACCAUUGGCCAGUGCGAAGGGGAUAAGCCGGAAAGCGUCCUCAUCUGCAAGCUCAGCUCCUGCCCCGGACAGUCCUCGCUCCCCCCACUCACCCUAGAUGCUGUGGAGAACUCGACAACAAAGAAUGAGGGGGUGCAUCAGAUGGUUCCAGAAAAUCCUGUCCACAAAAUCUCCUCUAAUGAACCAUGUCUAGGGGACAAGUCUAUCUUCUGUCAGAUGGAGGUCCUGGCUCGUUACUGCUCGAUCCCUGGCUACAACAAACUGUGCUGCGAGUCCUGCAACAAGAAAGAGGGCCUCAGCACCCUCUCCCCAGACCAUCUCAAGUUCUUCCCCUCCACCUCUGCAGAACCUGAUGCCCUGUUCAAUCCUCCCACCCCAGCCGAGGCCCCAACCCCUGCCACCACCCAGAGCCCAUCCCAAACCACUAAAGCGGGUGGCAGGCGACCUCGCUCCACCUCCCAGGGUCUGACCACCGCCACCCCUUCCUCCCCCUUCCCUGUACCGAGCCAGGAGUCCGCAGUUGUGUCCUUAUCAGCGGGGGAAGGUCUUUAUCAGGGUCCCCUUAGCAGCCCUUUCCUUCCUGGGCAUGAAGACUCAGACCCUGGGCCUCCUUUACCUCCAGGACGGGGCAACAGGCCGCCACGGUCCUCUGCAGACCCCAGCAUAGGUGCCUCGAAAGAGCACAGUCCUGUCAGCACUUUAGGAUCGGUCACCCGCAGCAGGUCAAGAAGGGACUAUCCAGUAUCCGAGAGGGACUCGACUCACAGAACCUUGUCAGUUGGGACAUAGACAGUGGCCUCCUGUGAAUGUGCUGCUCAACUAUUUGAAGUCCUGUACCCAGCUCAACGUCCCAACACCUGUUGGACUUCCAAGGACUCUCAAAGAUUGCUGCAAGCUAUAUAUAUGAAUAGAAUUUGUAUUCUCCAUGCCAGUGGACUUAAACCAGUAAUGGUUACCUCAACUAAACUGCAGAGUGAUCUCUAUGCACUAGCACUGCAUUGCUCAGCCCUCUCUGCUUCGAUUAUGAAAUGGAAGAAAUCAAAGACACGUUUGAAACAAAGGUGCUGUAAACUAAAACUGACUACGAAACGCGUUCAAAUGUGACGACUGCAUUGCCUACCAUUUAUGUUUUGAUCUGUGUGUGAUUCAGUUGUGUGUAAGCCGUUUCUCAAGUGCAUCAGAACUACUGUUGAAUUUAUAUUGUGAACAUGUGUGGCACAAGACAGAAUCCUUACUUUUGGGGGCCUACCCAAAAGGCCAAGUGUCACUUCUCGCAGGGAGCUUAGUAACCUCUGCCCUUGGUGCUCAUACUAAACAGAAUAGCAGACUGUUCUCAGUGGUCAAGAGUCAAGUCUGCUUGCAAUCCAACCCCACUGUAGCAUGCAAAUAGCCUCUGUGGAAGUCACAUAUGCUUUAAAAGUUAAAAAAGAAAAACACAUUCUGAUAUUUUUUUGUAACUGAUAUAUUUUUCAAGUAAUAUUGUAUAUAGUGUACAUUUUUAUCUGGUUAUAUUAAGAAAAUUAACAGCCAACUAUGUAAUGUAAAGUAUAUUGUAAUUGGGAAACAGAAAAUAUAAGUUUGCAGAAUGUGGUUGGUACGAAAUCACGCUGUUGGGUAUUAUCUUAUUCCUGUAUUGCAGUUCAUCAUUAUGUCUCUUGUAUAGUUCUUGUAUAUACAUGAAUGGAAGCUUUAAAUGUUAAUAUUUAUUAAAUUUUAAAAUUUUAGGGAUAAAAAAGUAAAAAAACAUAAUUGAAACAUACAUGGCAAUGCAAUUUUGUUGUUUUAAUCUGAGUACCAAUUUUGUGGAAGAUAACUAGACAAUGACACCUGCAGAUUUAAUACCUCCUUAUUGGUUAAACUAAUCGUAUAAUAGAAAAUGCCUUAUCUCUGAAAAUUCCCAUCCCAACCCAUAUAGAUAAAUAAGUGCUACAUGCCAGUGCAGUGACCUUGGAUGUUGAAUAAGACCUGGAAGUCACUAUUCUUUGAAUGGCUUGCUCUCUCUCAACACUCAGCAUGAUGUUUUUUCGAGACAGAACUACAUUCAGCUAUGUAGUUCCUCCACACGCAUAAUAAGCAUACAAACACAAUAUUAAGCAUUUAUUUUUUUGUGCACAUUUAGCACACAAUCAAGAAAUACCUUUUAUAUUUUGUAAUACAGUAUAUGCACAUUAGAAUUUGUGUUUUAAUGUUAAUGUCUGAAAGCAAUAAGCCCCAAUUAUUGAUAUUGAUCAGACAAGCCUGGGUGAAAAGCUGAAAGUAGUCCUUGAAGAGGUCUCUGAUUAAUAAGGUGUCUGCUUUUAGUGA